GUGAGAGUACAAAAACUUUGAUUUAGUUCAAAAACCUAACCACAUGCAUUGCCCCAUAUAAUGCCUCUUUGACAACAAAAUGUUCUUCACUCCAAAUACAAAGAAGAAGAAAAAAGAGUUACUUAGCCAAAACAAAAGAUAAGAAUAAUGUCUAUCUUCCUAUGUUUUCUAUUCCUCUUCCCUCUCUUUUUGAUUAUAUUUAAAAAGAUUUCACCUUCGAAAAUGAAGCUUCCUCCGGGACCUACGGGUCUUCCGAUUAUAGGAAAUUUGCACCAGUUUGGAAGAUUGCUUCACAGUUCUCUUCACAAGCUCUCUUUAGAACAUGGGCCAGUGAUGCUUCUCCGUUUCGGGGUCGUCCCUGUAGUCGUAAUCUCCUCCAAGGAAGCAGCUAAAGAAGUUCUCAAGACUCAUGACCUAGAGACUUGCACCCGACCUAAGAUGGUCACAACCGGUUUGUUUUCUUACAACUUCAAAGAUAUUGGUUUCACUCAAUAUGGCGAGGACUGGCGAGAGAUGAAAAAGCUCGUGGGGCUCGAGCUCUUUAGUCCGAAAAAACAAAAGUCUUUUAGGUACAUCAGAGAGGAAGAGAGUGACUUGCUGGUCAAGAAAAUUUCAAAAUCUACUCAAACACAAACCCAAGUGGAUUUGGGAAAAGCCCUUUUCUCCUUCACCGCCGGUAUUUUAUUUAGACUUGCCUUUGGACAAAACUUCCGCGAGUGUGAUUUUAUCGAUAUGGAGAGAGUCGAAGAGCUGGUGACAGAGACAGAGACCAACGUAGGCACCUUGGCAUUCACUGACUUCUUCCCCACGGGUCUCGGAUGGCUUAUAGACCGGCUCUCUGGUCAGCGUUCGAGGAUGAACAAAGUCUUUUCCAAACUCACCAAUUUAUUUCAACAUGUGAUUGAUGAUCAUUUAAAGACUGAACAACACCGAGAUCACUCAGACCUCAUCAGUGCCAUGUUGGAUAUGAUCAAUAAACCUACAAAUAUAGGCACUUUCAAGAUCACUUCCGAUCAUCUCAAAGGAGUCAUGUCGAAUGUGUUUUUGGCGGGAGUUAACGCCGGGGUAAUCACGAUGAUAUGGACAAUGACAGAGCUAAUUAGACAUCCAAGAGUGAUGAAGAAACUUCAAGAAGAGAUUCGAGCAACACUCGGGUCCAACAAAGAGAGAAUUACAGAAGAAGAUCUACAGAAAGUUGAGUACCUAAAGAUGGUGAUCGAGGAAACAUUCAGAUUACACCCACCUGCUCCAAUCUUGCUCCCAAGAUUAACAAUGUCCGACAUCAAGAUUCAAGGCUACAACAUUCCCAAAAACACCAUGAUUGAGAUCAACAUUUACACGAUAGGACGUGAUCCCAAAUGUUGGACUAACCCUGACGAAUUCAUGCCUGAAAGAUUUUUCAAUACUUCUAUAAACUACAAGGGUCAGCAUUUCGAGCUCUUGCCCUUUGGAGCUGGUCGUAGGAGCUGUCCCGGGAUGGCCUUAGGAAUCACCAUUCUUGAGCUAGGCCUUCUUAAUCUUCUUUAUUUCUUCAAUUGGAGUUUGCCCGAUGGAAUGACCAUUGCAGAUAUUGACAUGGAAGAAGUUGGAGCUUUAAACAUCGCCAAGAAAAUUCCUCUUGAGCUCGUACCAACUCUUCCAUCAUCAUUCGUGAACAAAAAGUAUUAAAUAAGAUCAAGAUUUGUAUGUUUGCCUCUAUCAUACAUUUGGUUUUUUCUUGUCAUAUGUUUAUCCUGGUUGUCAUAUAUCCAUGAUUUAUAAUGUUUCUAUAUAUCUUCAAUAAAAACUUAUGUUAAUUUUCUC